AUGGCUGCUCCUACUGAGCAUUCCAGAUGUGACAUAUGUAACAUUGUGAAGCUCAAAAGGAUAGCUUGCAUGUGGCGGAGGUUUGCCAGAGGUCGUGAGAAGAAACCACCCCGGGACGUUCCUCCAGGCCACUUGGCUGUUAUAGUGGGAGAAGCUAGCCGGAGGUUUGUUAUAAGGGCAGAUUACCUGAACCACCCAGUAUUUCGAGAGUUGCUAGAUCAAGCUUAUGAAGAAUAUGGUCACAACAAGAGUGGUCCUCUGGCCAUACCUUGUGACGAGUUUCACUUCCAAGAAAUAGUCUGGUCACUUGGAGGCGGUCUGAACGUGAAUCGAUUCUCUUGUCAUGUGGGUGUGGAAAAGCUGGGAUUGUUCUCACGGAGGGACUCGAUACCACUUCUUCAAGGCCUUGCAAAAAGAUCAACAUGCUAG